GUAUUCAUGUGACAUUUGAGUGACUCAAACAUUACAACAGAAUCAUUGGGCUGGAUAGAAAUUGUUAGCUGACAUGGACCAUUUGAUCUGAACAUUUCUGACAAGAUAUAGAUAGCUCUCUAAGGUCUGCAAUGAAUGACAUGACAAGAGGAAAACUGAAGAUGAGCAGUUUUUCCUGUUAGUGUUUCCAAUGUCGUGCUUAUAUAUAUGUAAAUAUAAAAAUAUGUUGAUGGUAGCAACAACGUGAGCUGCAUUCUUGUAGAAUGAUGCUUCAAACCAGUUAAGCGAUAUGGCCAAUGAGGAAGAAGGAAAUGUUGGAGUAUUUUCAAGAUGUUUCAGUUCUUAUAAAUAUGAAUGGCUGGUUUGAGCGAGCUCACUUUCUUAGGGGCUGUGGUUGGAGAUUUUGUCUGGUAGUUAAGUAUUCGGAGAGUAAUCUAGACCCUGGCAAGGAUAUCCAGAGAAUGUAUAUCCAUGCCUGUCUUGUUGUGAGCUUAGCUGUCUCACAAGCUUUAGCAGAGACUUCUCCAAAAGUCAAAGACAUCGAGGAUGAGUUGGACAUUGACAAAAUAAAUAAGGACUUACAUUUACGUGAAGGGGACAUAGUGGAGACCUUUCAGAAGAAUGGCGUUCUGGGGGAAGACAAACGCUGGCAGUCUCCAGUUCCCUAUGUUUUAGACUCAAGUCUUGAUAUGAACGCUAAAGGAAUCAUUCUGCGAGCCUUUGACCAGUUCAGGCUGAAAACAUGCAUGGACUUCCAGCCCAGAGACUCUGAGAUGUACUACCUGACAAUUGAGAAACGUACAGGGUGCUAUUCCUAUGUAGGGAGAACUUUUCCAAAUGGACAGGUUGUUUCCAUUGGACAGAACUGUGGUAUUAUCGCCAUCGUGGAACAUGAGCUUCUACAUGCUCUGGGCUUCUGGCAUGAGCAGUCCAGAUAUGACAGGGAUGAAUAUGUAACCAUUGUCAAUGAAAACAUCCGAGAAGGAUACCAAAACAACUUUAAUAAGUACAGUGAGAAUGACACCACCACCCUGGGUACUCCGUAUGACUACUACUCAGUGAUGCACUACAGCAAAGAUGCCUUCACCAAUGGCAAUGGAUCCACUAUCAUCACUAAGCAACCAGAGUUCCAGGAAGUGAUUGGCCAAAGACUGGAAAUGAGCUCCAAUGAUGUCUUGAAGCUGAAUCGAAUGUACAGUUGUAAUGCAUCUGUUGCAUUUAAGGAAAGUUGCAGCUUUUCCAAUAGCGGAUUGUGUGGGAUGAGUCGCUGCUCUCGGAGUGCGGAGAAAGACAGUGAAAAUGGCUGGGAGAGAGUGACACAGGCUGCAGGGGGUCCCUAUACCAACCACAGCAACCUGGGCACUAAUGGUACUGGUUUCUUCAUGCAUGCCAGCACAGCGUCAGGCCAGGAGGGGGACACAGCCUGGCUGGAGAGCAGGGAGAUGACUCCCAGCAGGAAGUGCAGUGUCCAGUGUCUGCAGUUCUACUACUACCACAGUGGUAACGAGUCAGACCAGCUCAACAUCUGGAUCAGAGAGUAUCGUGAUGAGAGAGACCCUAACGGAACUCUACGCCUCAUGGGCCAGAUCACAGGUUCCCCAGCGUCUUACUGGCAGCUCCACCACGUGUCCCUGAACGCCACCAAAACCUUCCAGGUGGAGUUUGAGGUGCGUAAAGGAGCAGGACCAUCUACAGGCGGGGUUUCCAUCGAUGACAUCAACCUGUCAGAGACAGAAUGCCCCCAUCACACCUGGCAGAUUAGAGACUUUGAGAAUGUUGCAAAGAACACUGACACCUGGCUAUUCAGUCCAAGACACUACUCCAGAGACGGCUACGCCUAUCAGCUGAUGGUUGUUCUGAGAUCAAGUUAUAUUGGAGUCUAUGCACGCCUCCUGUCUGGUAAAUAUGAUGACCAGCUCCAGUGGCCCUGCCCAUGGAGACAGAUAACGUUUCUGCUGAUGGACCAGAACCCAAACAUCCAGCUACGUAUGUCCAAGCAGAACAGCAUCUCCACUGAUCCUGAACAGAUUGAUUAUAAAAAUGAUAUCUCCAGUCUGCAGUAUGCCGGUAACAACUCACUUCCCUGUCCCACUCCACCACCACAGGACUUCACCCUGUUGCAUAGCAAGCGGGAGGAGGGCCCAUGUUCAGCCAGGCUCAUUACCACCACUCUCCCUCCUCCAACAACAACUGAGGAAGACAACAGCAUCUUUGGCUUCUCUCCUGGUUUUGCCUCCUCCCCUGUGGUCAUCCUUCUGACUCUUCUGCUGCUGUUGACUCACUGAUGUGACAGCUCCCAUCCUCACCUGGCCUUUGAAUAUAGGGAGCAGGAGUGAAAGUCUGGCCCUGGUUGUAGGAAGUCGAGCUAGCCUAUUCUAAAACCCAUAGACGUUUUUUGCAUUUACCAAUGUAAGGAAUCUGUUGAAAUGAAUCUUGAUUUUUGUCCACAACUGACAAUAGGAUGACUCAUCUCAUUUAACAGAUAAUUGUGAAUGCAAUGACAAAAUGGCAAAUUGAUUAUUAAUGGUGGUGGACCUACAUAAUGGCACUUUUUUAAAUAAUGCUUUUAUUACAUUUUAUAUUUUUCUUUCAAGGAGCAGUCAAUAUAUUAAUUCACUCCACUUCUUCUAGUUAAGUUUGUCUGUUAUGAUUGAAAAUAAUAUAUACCUAUUACCUAGUUAUGAUCAUACCUAUUUGUCAAUGAAAAUAGAAAAAAAUUAUAAAGUAAAUGUAUCUUCUCAAUGAAUGCGAUUUAAUAUCUUAAUCAUUUGAAUGUGUUUCUAAUAAACACUAUCUUCUAACAUG